ACACCUUCAGUGCCCACAACCUCGUGACCACACUGUGACAACAACACGUACAUAUCAUAACCAACAAGCUGUUCUAGAAUGUUCCCAGUAACGACUCCGCAGAAAGAAAUGACAUACUAAAACAUUUACGAAAUGGAUUCCACAGAAGACGAAUUUUAUAAUAUAUGCCUGAACCUAACAACGGAAGAAGUGAGCCUAGGUGGUUGCAAUUACAGCAGUGAAUAUGAAAAUGGAGAAUUACUUGAAAAGGUCGUAUCUAGGGUUGUGCCAAUAUUCUUCGGAUUUAUUGGUAUCGUCGGACUGGUGGGCAACGCUUUAGUGGUUCUUGUCGUAGCUGCCAACCCUGGUAUGAGAUCGACGACCAAUCUAUUAAUAAUAAAUCUUGCAGUAGCAGAUCUUCUGUUUGUAAUAUUCUGCGUGCCAUUUACCGCAACAGACUAUGUGAUGCCAAGAUGGCCUUUCGGGGACUGGUGGUGCAAAGUGGUCCAAUACUUCAUAGUGGUAACGGCUCACGCAUCAGUCUACACACUGGUGCUGAUGUCUCUAGAUAGGUUUAUGGCUGUGGUGCAUCCUAUAGCAUCAAUGUCGAUAAGAACGGAGAAGAAUGCAUUGCUGGCAAUAGCCUGCAUCUGGGUAGUGAUUCUAACGACAGCAAUACCGGUGGGGAUCUGCCAUGGGGAGAGGGAGUAUGCUUAUUACCAUAGAAAUCACUCGUCGUGUGUGUUUCUGGAGGAGCAGGGAUACAGCAGACUGGGAUUCCAGAUGUCUUUCUUUCUGUCGUCGUAUGUAAUUCCAUUGGCGCUGAUCAGCGUGCUGUACAUGUGCAUGCUGACGAGGCUGUGGAAGAGCGCGCCAGGGGGAAGGGUGUCAGCGGAGAGCAGGAGGGGGAGAAAGAAGGUCACCAGGAUGGUUGUGGUUGUAGUCGUCGUGUUUGCUGUAUGCUGGUGCCCAAUACAGAUAAUUCUACUGGUGAAGGCGUUGGACAAGUACAACAUAACUUACUUCACGGUGACGGCGCAGAUUGUCUCGCACGUGCUGGCGUAUAUGAACAGUUGUGUGAACCCUCUACUCUAUGCGUUCCUGUCAGAAAACUUCAGGGUUGCAUUUAGAAAGGUCAUGUACUGCCCCCCUCCGUACACAGACGCGAUGUCCGGCCGCCCGCAGCCUACGAAGACCACACGCACCGGAAACGGAAACUCCUGCCACGACAUCGUCUGAGAGUCAGUUCGCAGUCGCACGCGCUUACCAUCCGCUGAUCAAGCUACCAUCGUCUAGAACUCUUCAGGUCAACCGCCGGCGACUGCACUUUCCAACUAUACCUAAAGCAUUAUGCUCUAAUUUCCUUUGCUUUUAUUUUUUUUUAAUCUGUGAUGUAAAUAGACUCGUUUUAGUUUAGA